AUGGUCAGCACCGGAAGGAUGCUUUAUAUUGCCAUCGUUGUUGUGGGAACGAUUGGAAUUGCUGGAAGUACGGAACAAACUCCGGAAGAGACUGACAUCCAGGGAAGACAGUUAUCAGCUGAUAGUUACUGGUACAAUGAUGUAUAUUACUGGUGGCCCUGGUUCAGCGACCUCGCAACGGUGGUCAUGAUCAAGCUAAAGAUCGCAGUCGGGCUUGCGGCAAUCUACGCCUUUGGCGACGGUUACUAUUGGACAAAGGCAAAAACGGCACCACCCGAUGUCGGCUAUUGGGGUGAACAAUCCUGGGAUCAUGUUAAGCAUCAUCCAUGGUCUUUCUUCAAAGGUUGGGGACGUCGAAAACGAGACCUAUCGGAGGAUUAUGCCGGUAGUAUGUCGCUAGACAGGCAUAAAUUUGUCGAAUUUGUGUUCGAGGCGUUUGAAGUGCAUGACGAAGACUGCAGGAGACGAACAGUGUGCGAGUUGGAUUUCGAGCUUAGUAAUAAUCCAAAGAUGAAAAGCAAACUUAAAGGUUAUAAACUUGACCUUUUUCGAAAGUAUCGUGGGGAGCUGCCCAGGAGAAAAGAAGACUGUGAAAGAUUGUAUAGUAGUUGCAAAAUGUUGCGGCAAGAAGAGGAUGUGCACUUUUAUAGUGGUGAUGAGGGAAAGUUGAUGGAAAAUGCUAAUUAG